AGGCUCUUCUUGUCACUCUGUUCUGCCCGUGCCCCAAAACCCAACCCUAACUGUACACAUUUCUCUUUUCUCUCUCUAUAAUUUGAUAACACGCCCUUGGAGAGUGACUGGCAGCAAUGGAGGUCGAUGGGUUUCGUUCUAACUUGGCAGUUUCGGUCUGCUCGGUCGUGGCCGGAGAGACUCUAUUGUCUGCACAGAGGUUCUUUGCUUACCUCUACCUUACGCUGACUGCAAUAGCUCUAAACAAUUUGAAUGGGUUUCCAGAAUUUACUGGGACAGAUGAGAGGUUUCCCCUAGCUGAACUUAAUAAAAGGCAACAACCCUGCCUUGAAAACAAAGAUGCCAGUGAUUCCGAAAAUGAUGAUGGAGAGGAUGAUGAUGAAGAUGAUGAUAAGGAUGAUGAAGAUGAUGAUGCGGGGGAUGAAGAUUUCUCGGGUGAAGAAGGUGCAGAUGACGACGAUGAUGAUGAAGCCGAUCCCAAUGAGGAACCCAAGUCUAAUGGCAAGAAAGGUGGUAGUGAUGAUGAGGAAGAUGAUGAAGAAGAAGAUGACGAUGAAGACGAUGAUGAGGACGAUGAUGAUGAUGAUGAGGAUGAAGACGAUGAUGAAGAAGAUGAAGACCAACCACCUCCUAAGAAGAGGAAGUAGUUUAAGAAAUGAGCUUUAGGUUGUUUUAUCUUUAUGGAUUCUUUUUAAGGUUGUUCUGGAUCUCUGUUAAUUUGUGACUUGUGCUGUAUGUGGAGUUUGUAUUUGACUAGCCAAUUGGGGAUAUUUCUGUAGCGUUUCUAAACUUGAA